UAAACCCUAGUGCUUUAAAUAACUCGUACACUCUCUGCGCCUGUCUCUCGCUCUUCCGGACUCUCUUUCCCUCUCCUCCUCCUCCUUCCUCCUCUUCUGCCUCUCCUGUUGCAUUAUUUUCGCCCUUGCCUGUCGUCAAUUGCAUUCCAGACGGACGAUUUCUGACGAUAUGGAUCUUCCUAGCCUGGCCGUUGUUCUUCAAGCUGCUCUCAGCCCGAAUCCUGAUGAAAGGAAGGCUGCUGAGCAGAGUCUGAAUCAGAUUCAGCACACCCCGCAACAUCUGGUGAGGAUGCUACAGAUCAUUGUGGAUAAUAAUUGUGACUUGGCCGUUCGUCAGGUUGCUAGCAUUCAUUUUAAGAAUUACAUUGCUAAGAACUGGUCUCCCAUUGACCCAGAUGAGCCUCAGAAGAUUUCUGAGAGUGAUAAAGAUGCGGUCCGGAAUAAUAUUCUUCCAUUCUUGUCGCAAGUUCCAUCGUUAUUGAGGGUGCAGCUUGGGGAGUGCUUAAAGACUAUCAUUCAUGCUGAUUAUCCGGAGCAUUGGCCGCGUCUUCUUGAAUGGGUGAAGGAAAAUUUACAAGCUUCAAACGUUUAUGCGGCUUUAUUUGUGUUGCGAAUUCUUGCUAGAAAAUACGAAUUUAAAUCAGAUGAGGACAGGACUCCUGUUUAUCGAAUUGUUGAUGAGACAUUCCCUCUUCUACUCAAUAUAUUUAGCGGACUCGUCCAGAUUGGUAACCCUUCUUUGGAAGUAGCGGAGUUGAUCAAGUUUAUUUGUAAAAUAUUUUGGUCAUCAAUAUAUAUGGAGAUACCAAAGCAUCUUUUCGAUACACAUGUGUUCAAUGCUUGGAUGAUGCUAUUCUUAAAUAUACUGGAGAGGCCAGUUCCCUUGGAAGGCCAGCCUGCUGAUCCUGAACUUCGGAAAUCCUGGGGGUGGUGGAAAGUGAAGAAGUGGACUGUUCAUAUCUUAAAUAGGCUGUACACCCGGUUUGGAGAUUUGAAGCUUAAGAACCCAGAAAGUAGAGCUUUUGCUCAAGCAUUUCAGAAGAACUAUGCAGGGAAGGUUAUGGAAUGUCACUUAAAUUUGUUGAAUGUGAUACGUGCUGGUGGCUAUUUGCCAGAUCGAGUUACCAAUCUCAUUCUUCAAUAUCUAAGCAAUAGUAUCUCAAAGAAUAUUAUGUAUUCUUUGCUGCAACCUCGACUUGAUGUUCUACUUUUUGAGAUAAUUUUCCCCCUUAUGUGCUUCAAUGACAAUGAUCAAAAGCUUUGGGAUGAGGAUCCCCAUGAAUAUGUCAGGAAGGGUUAUGAUAUUAUCGAGGAUUUAUAUAGUCCAAGGACUGCUUCUAUGGAUUUUGUCAGUGAGCUGGUUAGGAAGCGUGGGAAAGAAAACCUUCAAAAAUUUAUUCAAUUCAUUGUUGGAAUUUUCAAUAGGUAUGACGAAGCAACAAUUGAAUUUAAGCCCUAUAGACAGAAAGAUGGGGCUCUUCUUGCUAUUGGAGCACUCUGUGACAAAUUGAAACAAACAGAACCCUACAAGUCUGAACUCGAGCGCAUGUUGGUUCAACAUGUUUUUCCUGAAUUCGGAAGUCCUGUUGGGCAUCUCAGAGCUAAGGCAGCAUGGGUUGCUGGACAAUACGCCCAUAUCAAUUUUGCUGACCAGAACAAUUUCCGGAAAGCCUUGCAUAGUGUUGUUGCUGGGAUGCGAGACUCAGAACUCCCUGUGCGCGUUGAUUCAGUUUUUGCAUUGCGAUCUUUCGUUGAAGCUUGUAGAGAUUUGAAUGAAAUUCGUCCAAUCCUUCCACAACUUCUUGAUGAAUUUUUUAAACUUAUGAAUGAGGUUGAAAAUGAAGACCUUGUAUUUACUCUGGAGACUAUUGUUGAUAAGUUUGGGGAGGAAAUGGCUCCUUAUGCGCUUGGAUUAUGUCACAAUUUGGCUGCUGCUUUCUGGAGAUGUAUGAAUACUGCAGAAGCAGAAGACGAAGCUGAUGAUCCUGGUGCUCUGGCUGCAGUUGGUUGUUUGCGUGCAAUUAGCACAAUUCUUGAAUCAGUGAGCAGAAUUCCUCAACUUUUUGUCCAAAUUGAGCCAACAUUGCUCCCAAUAAUGCAAAGAAUGUUAACAACUGACGGCCAAGAGGUAUUUGAAGAAGUAUUGGAAAUUGUUUCAUUUAUGACGUUCUUCUCCCCUACAAUAUCUCUGGAAAUGUGGAGUCUUUGGCCACUGAUGAUGGAAGCAUUGGCAGAAUGGGCUAUUGACUUCUUUCCAAAUAUACUUGUUCCAUUAGACAAUUACGUAUCCAGAGGGACUGCACAUUUUCUCACCUCCAAGACUCCUGAUUACCAGCAAAGUCUUUGGAACAUGAUUUCCUCAAUAAUGGCCGACAAGAAUUUGGAAGAUGGCGACAUUGAGCCUGCUCCAAAGCUUAUUCAAGUUGUCUUUCAAAACUGCAAAGGUCAAGUGGAUCAAUGGAUAGAACCAUAUCUCAGAAUCACAAUAGAACGCCUGCAGCGAACUGAGAAGUCAUACUUGAAGUGUCUUCUGAUGCAAGUGAUUUCUGAUGCCCUUUACUAUAAUGCAUCAUUAUCACUCAGCAUAUUGCAAAAGCUAGGUGUUGCAACAAAUGUAUUCAAUCUUUGGUUCCAGAUGCUCCAACAGGUUAAAAAGAGUGGCGCACGAGCUAAUUUUAGAAGGGAACAAGAUAAAAAAGUUUGCUGCUUGGGAUUGACCUCUUUAAUUGCACUACCAGCCGAUCAAUUACCAGGGGAGGCUCUCGGGCGUGUGUUUAGGGCCACCCUUGAUCUUCUAGUGGCUUACAAGGAUCAAGUUGCAGAAGCUGCAAAAGAGGAGGAAGUUGAAGAAGAUGAUGAUAUGGAUGGUUACCCCAGCGAAGAAGACGAUGAGGAUGGUGAUGGUUCUGACAAGGAAAUGGGAUUUGAUGCCGAGGAUGGUGAUGAAGUUGACAGCAUCAAGCUUCAAAAGCUGGCUGCACAGGCCAAAUCUUUUCGCCCGGAUGAUGAAGAUGAUUAUGACUCGGAUGAUGACUAUAGUGAUGAUGAGGAGAUGCAAUCUCCCUUAGAUGAUGUGGACCCUUUUAUUUACUUUGUUGAUACAAUCAAAGCUAUGCAAGGAUCAGAUCCAAUGAGGUUCCAGAGUCUCACCCAAUCACUAGAGUUCCAAUAUCAGGCUCUUGCGCACGGUGUUGCGCAGCAUGCUGAACAGCGGAGAGUAGAAAUUGAGAAGGAGAAACUGGAAAAGGCAGCAGCCUCAGCUGCCUCUUCAUGACCUCGAGUCAGAGUCGUCACUCGUAAGGCUAAAAUUUUGAAUUGCUCUUCUGGUCCGGUCAUGUCCAUUGGUUUAGUAAAUGGUUGAUUGAAUGCAAAAAAAAAGUUGCUGCCAUUCUCUUGAUUUGAUGGUUCAGAGUUCAUGGUUGAUGUCUGAGCCUCAAAAAAGUGAAGGUCUGAAGUUGGUUGGCAUGGUGGUGCAGCCAAGUUCCAUAGAGACAAUGCAAAUUGUCCUGAGUUGCCAGAGUCGGUUAUCCUUCGAUCCAGACGGUUAGGGUUGGGGUCGAUGGUUCGGUGAGUCCCAUGCAUGCGAUGGCAGAACAUAACUGCCUAUCCUAGUUUAUAUUGUCUCAUUUUUGCCCAGGCAUCUUUCAUACAGAAUGUUCCAUUUUUUUUCCUCUUCUGCUUAGGUCAUACGGAGUCUGUACUACUAUUUUUGAUCACUCAAUUCUUUCUUUCCCUGUUUCUUUAAAUUAUGUCAAACUCAUCCAUAUUUUUGUUGGUGGUUACUCCUCGGCCUGUAGUCAUAAAAGUCGUGAAUUUUAGGUUAGAAUUCCCCUCUCUGGUGUCCCGGUUUUGCGACGGGCGACAGGAGUUUGCUAGUUUUGGGGUUCACUGCAGCAGAGGGCUGGCUGGCUGGCUCUACUAAGGGUAGCUUCUGAAACUUUUGGAUUGUGGCUCUGCUGUUUUUGAUUCUUUAUAUAUUUCAUAAGUUGUGGGAUUUAUUAUGUAUGUAUGUAUGUUUGUUUGUAUAGUCAACCUUGCAUUUUCUUACUCACUUUUGAGUUUAUGUU